UCUUCCCAGGGUUCAAUGAGCGCUGUUUGCCCCACCCCGUCUCUUCAGCGCUGUCUAUCUCUAUGUACUAUUCCCGGAGAAAAGGGGAAAAUAAUACCUUCAAGAAUAGGUAAUUCCCUUCUCCAACUUCCACGAUCAUCCCGGGAGGAAGCAGCCGUCACAGUGGAAUGUGUUAUUAUAGCCUGUGUCAUAUUUGUGAAUGUAAAUGCACAUGUAGGCUCAAUCUACCACUCGGUUUAAAAAGGAAUAUAAAACUGAGACUGACAGCGGGCUACAGGCUACCUGCAAGAAACGGGAAAAAUUCGAAGGAUUUUAGCAUUUUUGUCACGUUUUGAAGAAUCGAAACCAAUCUGAGAAUGAGUUGGAGACUAACCGUACGUUAUUAGGAAGCUUGCUCAUGUGAAGAGGGUUAAACAUUUCAGCAACAAAAGAGAAGACUAAGAGGGGCCUUUGGAUUGAGAAAAACCAGCAAGGAACAGCCAUCGCAAAUAAGGAGGAAAAUCAGGAAAAUUCAAUUAUUCGGAGGAUCUAACCCUAAAACCGGAGUCACAGUUAAGCCCUUUGAACAUGUUUUGCAUAUUAUAAAGGAGUCUAAUGAAGACGGAAGCAGAGAAAUUAUUACACAUGUAGCCCGUUUAGGUGUAAAUAUUUUUCUAGUGUCCCUCUGUCGUCACUGCGUGGGGAAAGACAGGCUUUACGGAAAUACAUUGAAAACAUCAAUUUUCUUUAAAGAAAUGCUUUUUUUAAACAGUGUCAAAAAGAUCCGUGCCAUUUGACAGUCGGAGUUAUUCUGUCAUGCCGAGUUUGGGUAGCUGUCACGGGCAACAGUGAGACGUGAGACCCGGGCCGCUCGUGAAAUAAAAAUAGGUUAUUUAUGUUGUGUUCAGUUGGAAUCAUAACAAGUAAAAGCGUAUAUUAACACAUUAAUCUGUGGAUUAUAAUCUUUAUCGGUACAUAAAAACUACACGUGAGGAAGGAAAACCCGAAGAGAAUUGACAAAACUGAGAAGGCGGCCUUGAUGUCGUCACUAGCAGUAUCCUGGCCCUUCUGACAGCAGAAUCUAGUGAAAAUACGCAUUAUGGACACAUAAUUUCCAACCAAGGACGGCAACAUUGUUACACAGACAUUAGUUUGACGCAACACUAAACUUCAAACUGUAUACAUGUCGUUGAUAUUGCUCCCAAAUUCGUGGGUCAAACGAGGGAUCUAGAAUAGUUUGUUUAUUUAUUUAUUUUUUCCACACACCCCCCCUCCCCUGGACCCCUUUUCUUGCGGGAAGAUGGGUUGUUUGAGCAACAGUAAGACGGAAGACCAGCGAAAUGAGGAGAAGGCUCAAAGAGAAGCAAACAAAAAGAUAGAGAAGCAGCUUCAGAAGGACAAACAGUUAUACAGAGCAACACACAGACUACUACUUCUGGGGGCUGGAGAGUCAGGGAAGAGCACUAUAGUCAAGCAGAUGAGGAUCCUGCACGUCAAUGGCUUCAAUGCAGAAGAGAAAAAGCAGAAAAUACAAGACAUCAAGAAUAACAUUAAAGAAGCUAUAGAGACCAUAGUAACAGCUAUGAGUACCCUGACGCCCCCAGUGCAGCUGGCCAGCCCAGAGAACCAGUACCGGAUCCAGUACGUCCUCUGUCAGAAGGAGCAGAAAGACUUUGAGUUUCCAUCCGAGUUCUAUGAGCAUGCCAAAACUCUGUGGCUGGAUGAGGGCGUAAGGGCGUGCUUCGAGAGGUCCAACGAGUACCAGCUGAUCGACUGUGCUCAGUAUUUUCUUGACAAGAUUGACAUUGUCAAACAGAAUGACUACACUCCCACAGACCAGGAUCUGCUGAGGUGCAGAGUGCUCACUUCUGGGAUCUUCGAGACGAGAUUCCAGGUGGACAAGGUCAAUUUCCACAUGUUCGAUGUUGGAGGCCAGAGGGAUGAACGUCGGAAAUGGAUCCAGUGCUUUAAUGAUGUAACGGCCAUUAUCUUCGUGGUGGCAAGUAGCAGCUACAACAUGGUGAUCCGGGAGGACAACCAGACCAACCGUUUACAGGAAGCCCUUAACCUGUUCAAGAACAUCUGGAACAACAGGUGGCUGCGGACCAUCUCCGUCAUCCUGUUCCUGAAUAAGCAGGACCUGCUAGCAGAGAAAGUUCUGGCAGGGAAAUCCAAGAUAGAAGAAUACUUCCCAGAGUUUGCGCGGUACACCACACCGGACGAUGUUCUCUCCUCCUCUUCCUCAGCAUCACCGGAACCUGGUGAGGACCCUCGUGUCACAAGGGCAAAGUACUUUAUAAGAGAUGAGUUCCUGAGGAUCAGCACAGCCAGCGGUGACGGCCGCCACUACUGCUACCCCCAUUUCACCUGCGCCGUUGACACAGAAAACAUUCGGCGCGUCUUCAACGACUGUCGUGACAUCAUCCAGAGGAUGCACCUGAGGCAGUACGAGCUCUUGUGAUGGGAGGGGGCCGAAACACAGACUCUGGACCCCCCCCCCCCUCCCACCUAUGGUCUACUCCUGUAUUCCCCACCCUACCCCCUUACCCCUGGCCACUCCCCCCUUCCCACCCCCCCACUACACCUCCUGACCUGCAACCUGCUCUAGUCUGUGUGGGUGUGGUCUGUCUCCAGGGCGAUGGAUGAGGUCAGACUACAGAUACAGAGCUCCACAGCGCCGCCUGGAGGGUGCGUUGGGUCACAGCAUAUAGAACGGAACUCUACUGUACUUUAGCACUGUGCUCAGGACUUGAACCCAUAAGAAUUCGCACACACACAAACACAACUAUCUCCCAAACUCUUUGGUCAUUUAUUGUCACGUAAAUUCCCUUGUUACACACACACAAACACACAUACACCACACAUUCUCUCACAGAAACAGACAUCUACACCUGCUCUCUUACCCUCAAAUACCUGCUUGCAUACAGAAAAAGAACACACGCUUUAACUGGACUGCAUGGGCAGGGUGAGCCCAGAGUUUUUGUUGUCUACUUGCUGGCUAGUUGGCUGGCUUAUAGGACACCUGGCUGGUUGGCUAGCUGACUGUCGCAGUGACAGCGGCUGGAACAGAGGCUGUUUGUGAGGAAGAGGAGGAGGGACCAUAUCUCGGUGAGAUCUAAGGAAGAGAUCAGACACACCUAUGGCAACAAUGACAAUGCCCUUCCUCCUCUCCAGGAUGGUCACCUGACUUUGCCUUUUUGGUACAACAGGAAGAAAAAAAAGAAAAAAAAGGCAAACUUUUACUGAACUUGGUGGAGAGCCAGAAUCCUGACUCUACAGUACAGCACCAUCUACGUUACAGAUCUCAUUAACCCUUCUACCGUCUCCACAGUUGGUUUGUCUGUGUAGACUGUUGUGCCAUUGUGCCCUGUGCGCUCUUUCUCUUAAAUACACUCUUCUCUCCCUUCCUCCCUUCCACCCGUCACCUCUUUCUCCUUUCCUCUCUCACUUUACCGUACCCUGCACUGUUACUUUACUGGCGACGCUCUUUGUUUUGUUUUUAGAGAAAAAAGUAAUCUUGAAAUUAAGAAAAGACAAAGAAGACAAUGACAAAUGGGACACUAAUCUUUACUCAUGGUGUCAUUCCCCCCCAUCCCUCUCACCUUCCUCAGUCCCUUCAUCUCUCUCCCUCCCUUCCUCUUUCCAUCCCUCCUCCCCUUGCUCUUUGUACGUCUGUCUUUACUUUACUG